AACCCCCAAGCCAAAGAGCGCGAAGGUCGCAGCAAUGGCAGUGCAGCCCGAAAUCCACGCGCUCAAGCUCCAGCAGGCCGGGCCGCAGCCCUUCAAGUCUCCUCGACGUCUCACGAAGCGUCCAAGCUUCCGUCGUCGUCACUCGCACCCGCCUCCCGUCGAGCUGCCGGAGAACGUCCGUGCGCUCAAGAACAAAAUCCUCGAGACCCACCCGGGCAAGCUGCUCCGCUUCAGCCUCAGCCAUAUGCGCCACAUGGCCACCCCGCCCGUGGUCAUCCCCGGGGAACUCGGAGACCGACGAGCAACGCGAACGCUGGUGAGCGGCAAGAGCGUGCCUCUCACCAUGAACAUGUGGGAGAACUGCAAGCGCACCAAGCGGACCAGGCGGUUGGACAUGAUCGACGAGUACGUUACCUACCGGUGAUGCGGCGCAGCAGCUCCUCGCCAGUCCCCCAGUUAGCCCACUUGCCGCCGUCCGAACGACACUUACAGCGCCGAGAAGUUACCAGCUACCCCGCCCCCACAGACUUAUUAG